CCUGGCUCGCACGCGAAGAGAGCGCUUUGGGCGUAAUCAGUCGUAUCUAAUCGAUUGCCGGUUGCCAAAAAAAAGAAGAGAGUCCAAACUUCUAAAGAAGUCGCACUACAGAAGAAAAACUAAGAUACUGCUAACAGAAGGCUUUAAAACCACUUUUUCCAGGGCUUACAAAAAUGUGACUCGUCUCCGAACAAAGUUCAGAAGUCGAAGUUUCUUCGCAGGAGAAAGGAUUUACUUAAGACAUGAGCAUCCGGCUACAGGACCUCAGGGUGUAAGAGGGAAUCACCAUGGCAACACAGUUUACCAUCGACGAUGCGUUUGUGCUGGAGGGAGAUGAGGAGGGGGUUGUGACUGACGGAGAGCCGCAGGGAUGGAAGGACAGAGAAGGAGGAGAGAUGACAUUUGGCCCUUUGAGUUUCUCCAAACCUCAGAAUCAUCCCUCACCUGCUGCUGCCGCCUCCCCUGAACCCACUAACCUCAAGUAUCAGAAUCUGGAAAAUGAAGACGCCUUGGGCAACAAUGGGAAUUCCUCUUUCAAUAACUUCUUCAAAAUCAGUGACCCUGCAACGCUGUCUUACUGCAGCUCUCAGUGGUCCUUCAGCACCUUGAGUUCAGUCACGCAGCUUUCUGCGCACUGCUGCGGGUGGGUGUCCCAUCCGCUGGUGAAGAAAAACAGAAGGGUUGUUCUCUCUUCAUUCCUUCUCCUCAUCACUGGAGUUGCUCUUAUUUUCACAGGUAUUGGCAUACAGCUCAAUCCAAGUGCAGGUAUUUCAAGUGCUAUUUUCUUCAUUCCUGGAUUUCUUCUGUUUAUCCCUGGAGUGUACCAUGUGAUUUACAUCAGCUGUGCAGUCCGUGGUAGAAGAGGCUUCAAACUGUUCUACCUACCUUAUUUUGAAAAAUGAAAUUUCAUGUGACCAGACAUGUUCAGUACAUUUCUUUCAACUAUGAUACAAUUAAUGGUAUUUUGACACUCAUAAGAUAUAUUGACCUGUUUUUUGGUUUGUUUGACAUAUUGACCACUCCUACUUUUACCACUCAGCGCCUUCGCUAUAUUUCCACUCCAUGAACUGACAUUACUGUAUGUGUAUACCAAAAAGACCACCGUCUCGCCUGUGUAUUCUGUUUUAAGUGAAAGAUGACUGUGAAAUUACAAUAAAAU